AUGCAGCAGGUGCUGAGUGUGCAGGUUCGGGCGUCUAGCGCGGGGAGCAGGUGGGUACAGGCAACAUCUAUGGACUCCAAGAUCCUGCUUGCCGGGCACGGGUGGCUCUGGGGCCGUAGAGGACGGCGCGUGGCCAUUUUCCGCAGUGUGGAUUGGCGCUCGAGGGGCCAAUACGCCCAUGCCAUGGACCCCAUGCAGCACCUGGGCGCGCUAUACGUGGACGACCGUGAGCAGCAGCGCAAGAACUGCUGCAUCGCGUGCAAGAUCGGCGACUUCAGGCUCAGCGCGGACGAGGUGGCGCGCCAGGACGCGUACGACACGAUCGCGGCCGGCAAGCAGUCGCGCGUCAUCAUGCUCGUGCGCUUGCCGCUCAUAUCCGACGCGUCGUGCGCGUUCGACACGUUCUGCGAGAUGUUCGUGGCCAAGGACAUCAACGCGUACCCCUACGGGUCGCAGCGGUUUGCUCCGUUCGCCUGCUUGUUGCUGGACAGGCUGCUCAGCGUGGCGGCGUGCGGACGGAUGAACUGGUAG